AUGGCAAUGAACUCACGCCUCGACGUCCCCUUGGAGAGAACAGGCAGUGCCUUCUUCAUAUUUGGAGACUCUAGUGUUGAUCCGGGCAACAAUAAUUACAUAAACACCAUACCAGAAAAUCGAGCAGAUUAUGAGCCGUACGGCCAGAAUGGGUUUUUCCCAAAACCCACUGGUAGAUUCUCUGAUGGUCGUGUUAUUGUGGAUUUUAUAGCGGAAUAUGCAAAGUUGCCAAUUAUUCCUCCAUUUUUACAACCGUCUGUUGACUACGCCAAGGGUGUCAACUUUGCCUCCGGUGGUGCUGGAAUCCUUUCCGAAACCAAUCAUGGCUUGGUGAUUGAUCUUCAGACGCAGCUGAAGAGUUUUGAAGAGGUGCAGAAAACAUUGGCGGAGAAGUUGGGAGAUGAGGAAGCGCAGAGAGUGAUAUCAGGAGCAGUUUAUUUCUUUGGCAUCGGAAGUAACGACUAUAUGGGUGGUUAUCUAGGAAAUCCUAAGAUGCAACAACGAUACAACCCUGAACAAUAUGUUGGGAUGGUCAUCGGAAACUUGACAAACGCGGUCCAGUUGCUGUACCAGAAAGGAGGAAGAAAGUUUGGAUUCCUGAGUUUGCCUCCUCUGGGAUGCUUACCAGCGCUGAGAGCUCUGAAUCCAAAACCAAAAAAACCCAAUGAUGAAGAAGCUGGGGGUUGUUUUGAAGAAGCUCUUGCUCUUGCAUUGGCUCAUAACAACGCCUUAGAUGCAAUGCUCAAAACCCUUCACUACAUGCUAAAAGACUUCAAGUAUUGCAACUCCAAUUUAUAUGAUUGGCUCCACCAUAUAAUCAAUAACCCCACCAACUAUGGUUUCAAGGAUGGAUUGAAUGCUUGUUGUGGAACUGGACCGUACGGAGGCAUCUUCACCUGUGGAGGCAGGAAGAACAUCAAAGACUACCAGUUAUGCGACAACCCUCAAGAUCAUGUGUGGUGGGAUUCUUUGCACCCAACUGAAAGAAUCCACCAGCUCUUUGCAAAUACUCUAUGGAGUGGGCCCUCUUCGUCUGUAGCUCCGUACAACCUCCAGGAUCUCUUCCUUGACCGGCAGAUCACAAUCGGUGACAUCGUUGAUCAUAACCCACAAUCUCAAUAUUGA